CUUUGUUGUCGUCGCUGUGAGACGACGUGAAUCUCAGUCAAACUCUCGACGCGUCCGUGCCCCAGCUCCAUCAACGGCCCAAGGCGAGCUUGGCUUAGACAGGGGCGGGGCCCUGUCGCUCCAGGGACACUAUCCCUACCAAUUAACGCGUUCUCGGCAAUGGCCAACUUCACGCGUCGCUUGCGACCUCCGAAAAGCCAACAGCAGACCACCCUUCUCUCGCCUUGUUGUAACACCUGAUUCCGAGACUCAAUUUGAUCCUUAAUACAGCCGCCGACAUGGAAGACACACAGAUGGCCGACGACAACCCGAACUUGGCGCUCGAGACGCCCGCCGAGGACGUAUUCAUGCCGCCCUCCAUCAACGAGCCGGCCAUCGUCGCGGGCGACUCCUACAUACACUUCUCACCCGUGCCUGACUCCCUACUCCCGCCCAAGACGCCGACAGAAGCAACAACAGAAGCAACAGACGCCAAGGAAGACACACAACUCGGCCCACCCUGCUUUCUCGGCGUCGACGAGGCCGGGCGCGGCCCCGUCCUGGGCCCCAUGGUCUACGGCGUCUUCUACCUCCCCGCGCCGCUGUCGGACCCGCUGCUGCGCGAGACGCACCACUUUGACGACUCCAAGGUGCUCAAGCCCGAGGUCCGGUCGGCCCUGAUGGAGGCCCUCUGCUCCGCCGGCAGCGACCUCUACUCGUCCUGCGGCUGGGCCGUGUCGGCACUGUCGGCCCGCGACAUCGGCGCCAACAUGAUGCGGCCCGCCUCGGCCGCGGCCUACAACCUCAAUGCCCAGGCCUUCGACGCCACCGUCGCCCUGAUCCGCGGCGUCAUGGACCGCGGCGUCAACGUGGCCGAGAUCUACGUCGACACGGUCGGCCCUCCCGCCACCUACCAGAAGCGCCUCGAGCGCGUCUUCCCCACAGCCCGCGUCACCGUCGCCAAGAAGGCCGACAGCCUCUACCCAUGCGUCAGCGCCGCCAGCGUGUGCGCAAAGGUGACGCGCGACGCCGCCCUCGAGGUGCUGUACAAAACGGUGCUGCGGCCGCCAGCAGCAGCACCGGGCGGCGAGGAGGCGGAGCAAGACGACGAGGAGGGCAACGAGCAGGCCAGCUGGGGCUCGGGCUACCCGUCGGACGCGCGGUGCGUGACCUGGAUGAGGCGCAACAUGCACCCCGUCUUCGGCUGGGGCCCCGAGUGCCGCUUCAGCUGGGGCACCGCCAAGGAGAUGCUGGAGCCGACGGGCACGGCAAAGGUGGCGAGCGUCAAGGUCGACUGGCCCCUCGACGACGACGGCGAGAACGGCCGCAUGACCGACUUCCUCGUCGCCGGCGGCAGGGACAAGGACGCAGACGAGCUGGGCACCUGGUUCGGCACCCCUGCCGACGUGGAAGCGUUUUGAUUUGCAUGGUGCGUGUUUUUUUUUUUUUUUCGGGUAUCCGGCGGGAGGCUUCAUAUGAAUGCGUCUGUCAUUUGGGCAUAAUAAGGGGUUAGAAUCUGCGACGGCGUUUUACGGCACUUGCUGGCAUGGCGAACUGAAUACACAGUAAUGAUUCACA